GCGGUUAGGAGCGACACUAAAUCAAGUGGGAAUGAAACUCGUUGAAACAACGCUAGACAUGGUAACGGAUCCAUGACUGUGCUUCUGUUAUUAUCAACGCCAGUAACGGUUAAACCUAUUGCAUGUGUCGAAAUGAAGGACGAGAAGAGUAACUCUAUAUUGCCCACUGAAGCGACUCGAUUGAGACCAAGAUUGGAAAGUUUCGAUGAUGUUCUGCCGUAUGUCGGUGACUACGGGAGAUAUCAAUGGCUGUUGUUAUUGUCGUUACUACCUUAUGGCGCGACGUACACGUUUCUGUAUUUCUCGCAAUUUUUCAUUACGAUUAUUCCCACGGAACACUGGUGCAGGAUAGACGAAUUAGUAAACUCGAAUUUCACCGAAGAAGAGAGGAUUAAGAUAGCGAUUCCAGUGACGAACGUUUAUCCUUAUUACGAACAAUGUCAACGGAAGGACGUAAACUUCACAGAGCUGUUGAAGAGCGAUAAGAGCCUGAGCUCAUCGGGCUUCCAAACAAACAAAACGAUAAAAUGUACUCAAUGGGAGUAUAAUUUUACGCAGAUUCCAUAUCCUAGUAUAGGAACUGAGCUAGAUUGGGUAUGCGACCGAGAAUACCUCGUAUCAACGGCGCAGGCCAUCUUCUUCUGCGGAUCCAUCAUCGGUGGUUUCCUAGUCGGUUGGAUCGCCGAUCACAAGGGUCGUAUCCCAGCUUUAAUGUUCUGCAAUGGUAUCGCCCUUUUUGCCUCCAUUUUCACUGCCAGCGCAAAUAGUUUUUGGUCAUUCGCCGUCUGUAGGUUUCUCACUGGACUGGCGUUCGAUAACUGUAUCAACAUUCCUCUGAUUAUCGGUAAGCCUUCUACGAAGUACUACAACUACAUCGCAGUGGCCAGUACAAUUUUACCAUGGAUAGCCUAUUAUAUCGCAAACCGGAGAUAUUUUACUUACGUUACUGCCAUACCGCUGUUAUCUGUCGCUAUCACACCGUGGAUUCUUCCCGAGAACGCCCGCUGGUACGUUUCCAACGGGAUGAUGGACAAGGUUGUUGAGAAACUACGGAGAAUAGCUAGGAUCAAUCGUAGAAAUCCAGACUCGCGUAUUUACGAUAUAUUAGUUAGUAACAUGGAGGCACCGGACAAAAUUCAAGAAUCAGCGACGCUGCUCGAUCUGUUCAAAACGCCACGGUUGGCGAGAAACACUAUUCUUCUAGUUGCAUUCUGGUGUUUUACCCUGAUCUCGUUCGACGAUCACGUGUAUUCAUUAAAACUUAUCCAGAGCUCGGUGUUCGUGUCGUUCUCGAUCGCCUGUGCCACAGAACUUCCAGCUGGGUUAUUACUCGCCCUGUUGCUCGACCGAUGGGGUCGUAGACUCUGCGGAUUUCUCACGAUGGCAAUGACCUGUGUACUCAGUAUCGCUGAACUUAUGCUGCAUUCCAUGCUCGCGAAAUUAGUAAUGUCAAUAUUGUCGCGAUUCUGUCUGAACAUGGCAGCCAAUGUUGGUCUUCAGUAUGCAGCAGAACCUCUGCCCACGCCAGUCAGAUCGCAGGGCGUAUCUUUCAUUCAUAUUUUCGGAAUAGUUGCACACUCUUUGGCGCCAUAUAUCACUGACUCGGCUGCAAUUUGGGAGGGAUUUCCAAUGCUCAUUAUCAGCACGGUGUCCUUUUUUGGCGCUGCACUGGUUUUGUUCUUGCCGGAAACUGUCGGCCAGAAUCUUCCUCAGACUAUCAAGCAAGGCGAAGAAUUCGGAAGGGACCAACAUUUCUGGUCGUUGCCUUGCUACCAUAAGACACACUUCAAUGGACAUCAACACUAUCACUCCUGUGAACGAUAAUUAUCUGAUUUUUAAUAAUAAUUCAAUUAAAAAACACGAAGGAGGAUUCGUGUUUUUUUAGAAGUAACAAUAUUACAAGCGGAUCAGUCUGACGAUUUUUGUACGAGAAAAAAUCGGAACAUAUUAUUUUUCUAUUCUCCUACAUUAAUUUUUAUUUUUAUCGUUUACGUUUAAGAAUUUGUAAGCCUUAAUUCUAAAAAGAGCGAGCUUAGAAAUCGUGUUCCUAUAUAAUUUUUAUUAUUAUCUUUUAAGAGCUUUUAUAAUUUUAAUGCUAAUUUUCACUUGCGUUACGCACGUUCGAAUCGUUCAGCGGUUGGUGCUAAUUUGAUAUUCAAAGAUAUUACGUAGAAUAAUAUCGAAAAUGUUACGUAAAUUAAUAAUUACGUAAUUUAUUAAUUACGUAAAUAAUAAAUUAGGGAGAUUUAAAUUUUUGAUUCCUUUAAUGUUUUUAACAUUUUUUACUGGAAUAUAUUGGACAAAAUCUUAUUUAAAAAAAUAGUACGUUUAGAUAAUUUUUCUUUGUGAAAAGAAACAGUUUUAUAUCUUUUGAACGAUUAUCCACGUAUUUUUAACGAUUAUUUAUCUAUUCGUUAUAUUUUUUGUACGAUUUUAAAUAACGUACAAUAUUAAUAAAAUCCAAGCUUGAAGACUUUUUAAAUUAUUGUUAUAAUUUCUUCAGCACCAACUGCUGGACUUUUAUCUAUCUAAAACGAGUUGUACGUACAUUAAAAAAAAAAUAACUCUAAUUGACUGUUUCUAUGGUUUAGGAAGAAGAAAAAAAGAAAGGAAAGAAUAUUGUAAGCAAAUCGUGCCAUCGUAUGACGAUCAGUGUUCGUCGUUGUGCCAAUAACAACGCAAUCAAUCUGAAGAAACCUAUUCAUAGUAUUCAUAAUCAUCACUCACGUAUAUAUUCGCGUAUACACUCACGUCCAUAAGAUUGAUUCACCGAAUAAAACUUCCAUAAACCUUAAUAUAAGAAACAAUUCUACUUUUUAUUUGCACACACAUCGACGAAUCCCCCGAACAAAAAUAAACUGCUAAAUAUCUCUAUAAUUAAAUACAUUAAUGCUCGAUGAUCCUCGUUCAUCGUUAUACGUCUAAUCUAACUCCAUCCUAUAAUUAGGAGAUAACGAUCACUUAUGUUACAAUGUAUUAACCCUUAACAGCCGAACUUAAUUAUAAUUAAUUAUAGAAAAUGAAAUGCUUCAUUAUACGGAUAUUUGAAGUAAUAUUCUGUAUUAUACAGGGUGUCUGGUAAUUGAUACUGUGAUAACCAGUGGUUAGUUAAUAUGGUUAAUAACCAGUGGUACAGAAUAAUACUAUGUGAAAGGAUCUGUUGAAAAUAUAGAACGAGAGAUUUUCGUACGACGUUCGAGAGAAUGAAAUUCUGAAGCUUUGUCAACUCGUGUUCACACGACAUUCACGAAACAUAUUCAAAAUUUAUUUUCUCGCAAAUACGAAGAAUCAUCAGUUACGAAACACUCUGUACUAUAUCACAUUAUUAUAUCACUAUCGUAUUGAUAAGAAAUGUCGAUAUUAUAACUCCUUAAGACUCCCUUAAUAUUUAUUUGCGAUUCAGCUUAAUAUGUAUUGGCCCUGUGUAAUUUCAAGAUUAAAAAUAUAAAAGAAUUCAUUCCUGAUUA